AGUACUCAGACUCCGAUGAUGUAAAACCACUGCUUGUGUGAACCUGGGUAGAUUUUUAAGCACAAAAAUCUGAAUCUCUGGAAAACAUUAGUUGUUAGGCUGUCUCCAAAAGACCUUGCUUUUCACAGAGAGAUAUAAGGCCCCUCUUGGUGACAAGCCCCUGGAAAUACACCGCAGAAAUACAAUGGAGGCCAGAGAGGAAAGCUUUCUUAAACAAAGGCAAGUCUUGCUUCUCUUUGUUUUUCUGGGUGGGUCUCUUGCUGGGUCCAUGUCUAGGCGCUAUUCUGUGGCGGAGGAAAAGGAGAAGGGCUUCGUAAUAGCCAAUUUAGCGACGGAUCUGGGGCUUAGUAUAGAAGAACUGGCUGAAAGGAGAGCUCAAGCUAUCUCCAAAGGGAACAUACAGUAUUUUCAGCUCAGUCAUCAGACCGGAGAUUUGCUCUUAGUUGAGAAAUUGGACCGGGAGGAUUUGUGUGGCUCGACAGAGCCUUGUGUGCUGCACUUUCAGAUAUUGCUGCAUGAUCCUUUGCAGUUUAUUACAAAUGAGCUCGAGGUCAUAGAUGUAAAUGACCAUGCCCCGGAGUUCUUUGAAAAUGCAAUGCAGCUGAAAGUCCUGGAAAACUCCGUGCCUGGGACAGUAAUUCCUUUGGGAAAUGCCGUGGACCUGGAUGUGGGAAGAAACGGACUCCAGAACUACACGGUCUCUCCCACGUCUCAUUUUCAUGUUCACACCCGCCGUCGCAGGGAUGGAAGAAAGUAUCCAGAGCUAGUUCUAGACAGAGCUCUGGAUCGGGAAGAGCAGUCAGAGAUCAGUUUAACUCUCACAGCCCUGGAUGGAGGAUCCCCGCCUCGUUCUGGAACUACCCAGGUCCACAUCCUGGUCUUAGACACAAAUGAUAAUGCCCCAGAAUUUACACAGUCACUCUAUGAGGUUCAAAUUUUAGAGAAAAGCCCUAUUGGCUCUGUCAUUACCACUGUCUCUGCCUCUGACUUGGAUACGGGAAAUUUUGGUGCAAUAUCAUAUGUCUUUUUUCAUGCUUCUGAAGAAAUUCUCGAAACUUUUCGACUGAACUCCAGUACUGGUAAUAUACAGCUACUUAAGGGUUUGGAUUAUGAAGCAAUUAAUACUUAUGAGGUUGACAUAGAGGCCAAGGAUGGUGGAGGCCUUUCAGGGAAAUGCACAGUCAUAGUUCAGAUACUUGAUGUGAACGAUAACCCACCAGAACUGACCCUGUCAUCAGUUAACAGUCUUAUCCCCGAGAAUUCAGCAGAAACUGUGGUGGCUGUUUUCAGUGUUUCUGAUUUAGACUCUGGAGAUAACGGAAGAGUGACAUGUUCCAUCCAGAACGACCUCCCCUUCAUCUUGAAACCAUCUGUAGAGAACUUCUAUACUAUAGCGUCCGAAUGGGCUUUGGACAGAGAGAUCAGAGCUGAGUACAACAUCACCAUCACGGUCUCAGACCUGGGCACACCCAGGCUCACAACCCAGCACACCAUAACAGUGCAAGUGUCUGACCUCAACGACAACGCCCCCGCCUUCACCCAAACUUCCUACACCAUGUCGGUCCGUGAGAACAACAGCCCUGCCCUGCACAUAGGCACCAUCAGUGCCACAGACUCAGACUCAGGCUCCAAUGCCCACAUCACCUACUCGCUGCUGCCGCCCCACGACCCACAGCUGGCCCUCGAUUCACUCAUCUCCAUCAAUGCUGACAACGGGCAGCUGUUUGCACUCAGGGCGCUGGACUAUGAGGCCCUGCAGGCCUUCGAGUUCCAUGUGGGCGCCACAGAUGGAGGCUCACCCGCGCUCAGCAGCCAGGCUCUGGUGCGCGUGGUGGUGCUGGACGACAAUGACAAUGCGCCCUUCGUGCUCUACCCACUACAGAACGCUUCUGCGCCCUGCACUGAGCUGCUGCCCAGGGCUGCGGAGACUGGAUACCUGGUCACCAAGGUAGUGGCAGUGGACCGCGACUCUGGACAGAAUGCCUGGCUGUCAUUCCAGCUGCUCAAGUCCACAGAGCCCGGGUUGUUCAGUGUGUGGGCUCACAAUGGCGAGGUGCGCACCGCCAGGCUGCUGAGUGAGCGCGAUAUGCUCAAGCAAAAGCUGCUGCUACUGGUCAAGGACAAUGGGGAUCCUCCUCGCUCUGCAAGUGUCACCCUGAAUGUGCUGCUAGUGGAUGGCUUUUCUCAACCCUACCUGCCUUUGCCUGAGGUGGCACGCGACUCCGUCCAAAACGACGUGGACUUGCUCACGUUGUACUUAGUCAUCGCCUUGGCAUCUGUGUCUUCUCUCUUCCUCUUGUCUGUGCUGCUGUUUGUGGGGGUGAGACUGUGCAGGAGGGCCAGAGCAGCUUCUAUGGGUGGCUGCUCUGUGCCUGAGGGACACUUUCCUGGCCACCUGGUGGACGUCAGCGGUAUGGGGACCCUGUCACAGAGCUACCAGUAUGAGGUGUGUCUGACAGGAGAUGCUGGGACUGGUGAGUUCAAACUCCUGAAUCCGGUGAUACCAAACCUGUUUCUGGAAGAAUCUGAAAGAAGUUAAGGGAAGUUCCCACUGUAGGAGCAGCUUUGUAGUCAGCUAAGAAUUGUAAGUGGUUUGUCCUCUCUUGGUCCUGGUAAACUUCUUAUUCUAAUUAUUCUUUUAAAAAGUUGUACUACCCAUUUUUUUUCUUUAUCAGUAAUUCAAGCCAUGGUAUCCCAAAUAGCUUUAAACUUAUUAUGUUCUUAUUAAUACUGAUUUUUCUUAGGAUUUUGUAGUUGUGCCUAUUCAUUUUCUCUCUAUUUAGGCAUGUCUGAGCGAUGAUUAUCCUAACAGUUAAUGAAAUGAAUGUCUUUACAACAGUAUGGAACUUUUCAAUGCACUUAAGAAAAAUUAAAAUUGUAUUUGUGGCACAUAUCUUUACCAUAUAACUUUAUGUAUUUUUAGGCUGCAUUGUUUUGAGUUCAUUGAGUUCUUGGCCUUUUUAGGUUAAGCAGUCUGAGAGCUGUAAAAUCUAGCACACCUCUCUCCUAAACUGUACGUAAAAGCUUGCUUCCUGAAACCAUCAGUGCACAGAAGUUGUGCCCUGUUCUGUUGUGAGCACCAUGUAUACAAAAGAUUGUUAUGUUCAUUUGUUCAAAGGCAUGUCAUAAGUAGUAAGACCAAACGUCCCAAAUAAAUAUCAUACAAUAAAAAUUAAGGAGAAAAUAUCAUAUGCUUGAUCUUCGUUUUUGUGAAUCCAGUCCGUUAAACCACUGGUUUGACACAAUCCUUUUAAAAAGUAAUAUCAGAAGCAGAAUUAUGAAGCAACUCCUUGUAAGUUAGUUGAGGACUCUUGAGGGCAUCAACUUUCUCCUUCCUUCCUUUACCACGGGGUGGAAGUCUAAGUAUGAUGACAGACUGUAUUUUCUUGGGAUCUCUUUGCUUCCUCUACCUUUCAAAAGAGGAAAUUUCUUCUGAUGCGUGGCUCUUAUGUUUGAUACUGAUCAUUGGCUAAUCUCAGAUUUUUACUUUAUAAUACUUGAUAGUGAUGGGAAGUUUCUUGAUCAUUAAAAUUAUUUGGGGUGUUUAAUUUUGCUUUUGUUGCCUAGUGUGGACUUCAGUUAUUAUUACCUUAGUUUUUAGAUUAAGAAAAUUUUAUUUGUAUGAAGUAUAUAUUAUUUUGAACACAAAUACCCCAGAACCACAUCGCACUUGUCUGAAUAACAGUUGUUUGCUUGUCAUGUUCUGCAGGUCUAAUAAAGCUGCCAUGUAAUUUAUAAGUAGAAUUAUAUUGUUCUGACUAUAAAAUGCCAUCGGACAUUUUCGACC